AUGAAACGUCUAAAUUCUUUCCUUACCCGAUCGAUCAUCAUUCCUCCUUCUCUUGUCCGUCUCGCCUUGAUGAAUUCGGCUCUCUGGCUCCCGCAUCUAAGCGCCCUUGAUCAGGGCGCUGGACUCGCACAAGUAGACGCUGCAUUCGCCUUUUUAUUGCGUGCAGUCGACUAUGAGUUGGCUAUCGAGACCAGUGAAACAAAAACACAUGUUCCUGCCUUAUCCCUUUUGGAUAGGUUGGACCGUGUCAGGCGAAGGCAAGUUGUUAUUUAUUCUAUAGGAGAUAGUUGA